AUGACGUACGACAUGAAGGUGCUGGGCUACAACCUCAUGCAGGCCAUGCGCUUCGCUGUGGAGGAGAUCAACAAUUGCAGCACUCUGCUGCCGGGCGUGCUGCUUGGCUACGAGAUGGUGGAUGUGUGCUACCACUCCAACAAUGUCCAUCGGCUCUACUUCCUGGCACAGGAUGACGAAUUCCUGUGCUUGCAGGCUCUGCCGCUAUGCGUCGUCCCGGAUUCGCGACUCUUGAGAGCAGUGCUGUAUGAGAAGUGCUGCCUGGUCCAGCCCUGUCUCACGGCAUAUACAGCGACGAUCCCCAUGUCCAUGUGUUCCAAGAGCUGCCAGCCUGGGCAAAUGAAAAAGCCCGUGGGUCUCCACACUUGCUGCUUUGAGUGCAUGAACUGCUUACCAGGCACCUACCUCAACCGCUCUGCAGAUGAGUUUAACUGCUUGCCUUGCCCGGAUUCCAUGUGGUCCCACAUGAACGCCAUCACUUGCUUCAAGCGGCUGCAGGCCUUCCUGGAGUGGCACGAAGCGCCCACCAUCGUGGUGGCCUUACUGGCUUCUCUAGGCUUCUUCAGCACGCUGGCCAUUCUGCUCAUCUUCUGGAGACACUUCCAGACACCCAUGGUGCGCUCCGCUGGUGGCCCCAUGUGCUUCCUGAUGCUGGUGCCGCUGCUGCUGGCGUUUGGGAUGGUGCCGGUGUACGUGGGGCGCCCCACGGUCUUCACAUGUUUCUGCCGCCAGGCUUUCUUCACCGUCUGCUUCUCCGUCUGCCUGUCCUGCAUCACCGUGCGCUCCUUCCAGAUUGUAUGUGUCUUCAAGAUGGCCAGACGCUUGCCACGAGCCUAUGGCUUCUGGGUGCGUUACCAUGGGCCCUAUGUCUUUGUGGCCUUCAUCACGGCCGUCAAGGUAGCCCUGGUGGCGGCCAACAUGCUGGCCACCACCAUCAACCCCAUUGGCCGGACCGACCCUGAGGACCCUAACAUCGUGAUCCUCUCCUGUCACCCUAAUUACCGCAAUGGGCUAAUGUUCAACACCAGCAUGGACUUGCUGCUGUCCGUGGUGGGAUUCAGCUUUGCUUACAUGGGCAAAGAAUUACCCACCAACUACAACGAGGCUAAGUUCAUCACCCUCAGCAUGACCUUCUCCUUCACCUCUUCCAUCUCCCUCUGCACCUUCAUGUCCGUCCACAAUGGAGUGCUGGUCACCAUCAUGGACCUCCUGGUCACUGUGCUCAACUUCCUGGCCAUCAGCUUGGGAUACUUUGGCCCCAAGUGUUACAUGAUCCUUUUCUACCCAGAGCGCAACACUCCAGCUUACUUCAAUAGCAUGAUCCAGGGCUACACCAUGAGGAAGAGCUAGCCUUGCCCACCGGCCUCAGGGACAGAGACCCCAGCCUACCACUGGUGUUCCUAUGACAUUCCUGUAGUCUGGACAUUUUUACCCACUUAGCACUUGAAAAU